GAAGAAAGGCGCUCAAUUGGCCGAUUCCGGGGAGCACCACCAGUGCGAAAUACCAGUAGUGCCGUUCCUCGUCGCUUCGUUUCUCGUUUCUCGCUCCGGCAGAAGGAAGUGCACGCAAACCACCUAAGCCCCAGAUCCACCAGCCAGCCAAAGGCUCGCCUCGCCUACUGAAGCGAACCGAUCGGUUGUAGAUAGAUACAUUUAAACGAGCACGAGGCGAGGGGCAGAUUGGAAUAUACGCGAGCUUUGGUGAGCGCUGACAUUGGCUUUGUCUGGGAGUUGCUUAAGAUUUAGGUGUUAGGUGUAGAAAAAAAAAUCCAGGCAAGGCCACCACCUAAAAGCGCGUCUGACGGUGGUCUUGAAGGAAUGGCGCAGCAACAGAACGUCGGCCCUUGAAAAGUCACGACUGUCUAAGGUCAACACCUCACCUGAACCUGAAAUCUGCAUCACAUCACUGUUUUUGUCUGAAGCAUCGGGCAACGAGUAGAUUUUCAGGGCAUCGUCUUCACUUUCGAUGUCGCAUGCACUGCAAAAUCCGCCUGGAAGCUCACUGUCGCAAUUUCCUGACCCGGCUCUAGCCUCGAGGGCGAGGUCCUACCCAUCGCAGAGUGUUGCUACCGCCAACUUAAACCACCCAAACCACCCAAACCACCUAAACCACCUAAACCAUCCACCCAACCACUCCUUCCACGCUACUCUCAACCACCCUAAUUCCACCACGACCACUCCGCAUUCACACACCCACGCCGCGUCCGCCCUGAGUGAAGCAUAUCGCGCGAACCUUAGUUCCACCGGCAGCAACGGUUCGUCUCUCCCUAGCAUGCGCACACUGGACCAUCCGCAGCAACCUCAGCAACUGCACACCAUGAACUCCGGUCUUCCUCCAGGUCCUUAUUAUCACAACACAGGCGCCACGCUUCCCCAUCCCUACGGAGGUGUCACUUCUGAUCCCAACGGCCCCAACAUGCGAUACGCUCUGCCCGUCGGCGAUUCGAGAGUCAUGUCGGGCGGACGACACAAGAAGGUAAGGAAGGACUCGACGGUGAUGAGCGAUGGGCAGUGGAUGCAGAGGGCGCUCGCUCGAGGGGCUUCGGGGGCAUCUGCCUCGCACUCGAUGGAUGUGUCCCUCUCGCUCUCACCCAUUUGCCGCUGGCCAGACGUUGCUGACGUGCCAUCGUUCGUAGGAAAUCAAGCGUCGUACAAAGACGGGCUGCCUGACAUGCCGCAAGCGCCGAAUCAAGGUCAGUACUCGUGGUGUUUUCUUGCUUGCGUCGUUUUUUUGCACUCUGCGGGUUUGAGGGUUCGUUUAGAAGCGGGACGAGGUUACGGUGCUUUCGCGAUGGGCUCUUUUCGUUUAUUACAAGCGAAUCUACCUAAAGUCCUAGGCGAAGGCACAUGAGCUUGCUACCCUCAAGCGGAGCGAAGCGUCAAAAAGAGACGAGACCUCCAGACGCGCCUAUCAACCACAGCCGUCGCUCGAGUCCUAUUAUCACCGCCACCCCAGAGCCUGUAUUCACCACCUCACUAUCGUCGCCUACCUUUUUGGAUAAUUGUUGGGAGCGAUUGCUAACACUGUGCUGCCCUAGUGCGAUGAACAACACCCAACCUGCCGCAAUUGUCAAAAAUCCAAGCGUGAGUGCCAGGGCUACGAUCCCAUCUUCAAGCAACAACAGAAUAACCCUGCACCACUCCAACCUGCACCAAGCUCUGCUCCAGGUCAACCGGGUACCUCAUCCUCUGCAAACCCCUACGGCCAUCAACCUCAGAUGAGCGGUUACGGAAUGCCCUCAAAUAUGGCUUAUGAACAAUCUCCCUCGGCUGGCGUCAGCUCUCCUGGCUCUGCCAACCAAGGCUACGAAUAUGCAUCGGCCAUUGAUCCUGCAUUGCAAGCAGCAUCUUCAACCACCGCAGGCCCAGGUGGCUACGUCUCAACUCCAGGUAUGUCGUAAUUCCAUAAAUACUCUAAGGAUGGAACGCAAGCGGGAAGUCCCUCAUCUACAAUCCCCCCAAGUCCAGGGGUGCGCAAGGAGUGCUUCCUCUGCCAUCUCACGUUCAAUUGUACUUUUUAACUGGGAGCAAUGCUGACAAUUACUCCAGCCAAGCGAUCUGUUGCCCAACUUCUUGCCCUCGCUGGUGAAGCCCCUCCCCCAUCUGCCGUUGCACUCCUCAACCUCCGCAACAAGGAAGAAGAGACAAACCACUUGUACUAUAGCAUCUACGCCCCCGGUCUCGAAAACUUCCUUGAAUCAAAAUGGUUCUCGUUGAAGGGUCUUACAAAGCUUCUCGCUGACACCGGAGUAAAGCAACAAUUCGCCAUCCUCCUUUACCAAUUCAGUAAGACACAACAAGGUGCCGACCAGAAGGAGAUGACAUACACCGCAAGUGUUGAGGCAAGAAUUGUUUGGGCUAUCGCCAAUUUGGUCCGAUCUACUGCUGCCGAGACCAAUGGAGCCAAGGAGUUUAAGACUGUUCCGCCAAUUGACGAUGCAACUGAAGCCGGUAGCCGUUUGACUGUCUUUGAGAACUUGUUGACUGGUAAUGUUGCGACUGUCAACACCCUCACCACACCCGUUGCUGGAAGCACUGAUCACCACCGACUUCGAGAGCUAGAGUUCUGGCAUACUCUUGGUGACUUUGUCUGCAUUCGAGAGGAUGACCACGAAUCUGUCAAGAAGAUGGAUGAGACCUUGUCUGCCCUCAGAAAUUUGCUCGAUGGAAGAGAGAAUCGAGACGUGUUGUAUUCCAUUGCUGUCGUUCGAGCCAUUGGUCCCCGUGUUGAGGAGUAUACUAAUAACGAUACCCCUCUUCACUUUGAUGAGAGCGACAACAAGAGCAAGCUUCUAGUAGCCAAGAAGUUUGUCCUGGAUGAGGCUACGGGAGCAGGUACCACCAAUGUCAUUAGAAGAUUGUGUGAGCUGGCCUGUCGAUCUUGGGAGUCCCCUAAGGCCCCCAUGUCCGCACAAGUUACUUCUGCUAAUGCCACUGCCAAGUAAAUCAUCACGUACUCGUUUUACUGGCGUUCAUGGUUGUUCAUUGGCGUUGCUCGCAUACUCGACUUUUUUUUUCCUUAUGUCAGAUUUGCAUGGAAGGGGUAUGGGGAUUUGGGAUCUCUUUACUUCUAGUCUAGCUGGUGGGGCACCUAAAAAGCAGAAAGUUGUCGAUUCAUCAUCAGCAUAGAUAUUGGGAUUGGAGGAAAAGAAUCUUUUGCAAGCGCGUCGCAAUCAAAUACCAGAUGUAACUCUUACGGACUUUGGGGAUGGGGUGGGUGGAUGACACAAAAUUUCCGGUUUUUUUUCCCUUGUUCUUUUCUUUUCCUUUGCUCUCUUCUCGAUGUCGACAUACAGCAAGCAAGCAAGCGGGGUUUACUAGAAUCGAAUUUGAUGAUGGAAACUGACAUCACACCGAAAAAUGGAUUGAUCAAUCAAUCAAUGCAUCAGCAAGACUAAUUAAUUGCCAUUGGCAUGGUACGACUGGAUUUCGCGAGGGAUUUGGAGGAGUGCAAUGGCUUUUGUUUUUAACUUCUCGCUAGUAGCUUGCUUAUUUCCGUGGAAGGAAUUAAUUACACAAUGAAAUUUGAC